AUGAAAUUUUUUUCUUUUUUCCCCCCCCUCUUGGUGCUAUUCUUCCUCAGUCCAUUUCGCGUUACACUAGCCUACAAGAACGCAGCUCCCGUGGGGAUUAACCAACUCACGAUUAAUCGCUUCUCGAGGCACCCUAACAGGAAAUGCAACGCACUUUUGUUAAGGCAGCCCUCCCAAGUUAGCUGCUUCACCCAGGCAAGGUUACAUAGUGAACCGUUGGACAAGGAGAUCCAACUCUUCGACGAAACGAAUGAGGAGGAAAAUUCCCCUCCCGUUUUUAUGAACAAGUCAGAUGAAAAUAAUCCCAUUAAAGACACCCUCAGGAAGACCAAAAAAUUUUGCAAUUAUUUAACGAGCAAAUUAGGGAGACUUAAUAAAAAACUGAGGGAAAUAAAAAAACUGGAAACCAUCUUCUAUGCGAACCCAAGCAUAUUAACGGAGAGUCAACAAGUGAAAUUAAGCAAAAAAAAACAAAUAAAAAAGGAGCUCGUUUUAAUCCAUCGGUACAGGAAAAAGUACCUCGCUUACAAAAAAAACCUGACCAAAAAUAUCGAUGACACGUCCCCCUUUUUUUACGCCAAGAAGAAGACCCGCCACAAGCGGCAGGUCUGCACCCCCCAGGAGUUCAGGAAAAUAUUGCAAUCGGAAGACCCCAAGGCAACUGUCCAACGAGUGAAAAGCAUAGACUACGACAAGAUCCCCAGGAACGUGACCGACUACUUAGUGUUUAACAAAGUGGGCAAGAAAGAGGAAGUCAAAAUUCUCUUUGGCCUCAAAGCUGUGAAGAUAAACGGAAACAUAUUGGAUGAUGAGAAUUACAUGAUAAACCCGGGAGUAGACAAAGUGGAAGUGUUCAACGAGGAGGUCCAAAUUCACGAAAGCCACUACGUCGUAAGGAAGAGGUUUUCGAAGAACCAAAAAAAAGUCCUCCAGGAAAAAUCCAAGGAGAAGUUAUCAGACGUCAGACGAGAGGUUAAAGAGUUCGAGAACUUUUUCAACAUAAAGGAGUGA